UUUCUAACUCGACCGUCACAGCAACAGCUUCUCACUCAUCCACCCACGCGCCUCUCUUUAUUCUCACCAUGGCCCCCGAAAUUGGAAUCGCUAACCUGCCUGAUCAGAGGUGUGUUUUGUGCUUGCUGCGGUUUCGUAGUGUCUGCUGUUGGGGUGGGAGGGAGGAGGGAGAGAGGAAGGAGAAGCAGACACGCGACGCGUCACCUCUUCAACAGUCUGCUUUGCUAACGACGGUUCUUAUCAUUUCUAGACGCAAAAUUGUCUCGAAGCGAGGUGCUUCGUUCACGUUGAUGGUCUGCGGAGAGUCUGGAUUAGGCAAGACCACCUUCGUCAACACCCUUUUCUCCACCUCGGUCAAGAGCUAUGCGGACAACAGACGUCGACACGCCAAGCAGACCUCUCAGACGGUCGAGAUCGAGAUCACAAAGGCCGAGCUCGAGGAGCGGGACUUCAGGAUCCGCUUGACCGUCGUCGACACUCCUGGCUUUGGCGACUACGUCAACAACAAAGAAGCGUGGACGCCGAUCGUCGAGUUCCUCGACGACCAGCACGAGAGCUUUAUGGUGCAGGAGCAGCAGCCUCAUCGUGCUGAGAAGGUCGAUAUGCGCGUCCAUGCCUGUCUUUACUUUAUCAGACCUACCGGCCAUACCCUCAAGCCUCUCGAUAUCGAGGUCAUGAAGCGGCUCUCGACCCGUGUCAAUUUGAUCCCUGUCAUCGCAAAGGCUGAUACAAUCUCUUCGGAGGAUCUUGCUGAGUUCAAGCUUCGGAUUCGCCAGGUGAUUGAGGCACAGGAUAUCAAGGUCUACACUCCUCCUAUCGAGGAUGACGACCCGCUCAUGGCCGACAAGGCACGCGAGAUCAUCGCCGCGAUGCCAUACGCAGUGAUUGGAUCGGAGACCGACGUGCAGACCGCCGACGGCCGCGUGGUCAAGGGCCGCCAGUACCUCUGGGGCGUUGCCGAGGUCGAGAACGAGGAGCACUGCGACUUUGUCAAGCUGCGGGAUCUGCUGAUCAGAAUCGACAUGCUCGAUCUGAUAUACUCCACCGAGGAGAAGCACUAUGAGGCCUAUAGACUGCAACAGAUGGAGACGCGCAAGUUUGGCGAGGCCAGGCCGCGGAAGCUUGAUAACCCCAAGUUCAAGGAGGAGGAAGAGGCGCUCAAGAGACAGUUUACAGAGCAGGUCAAGCAGGAGGAGAAGAGGUUUAGACAGUGGGAGCAGCGUCUUAUUGCUGAGCGCGAUAGGCUGAACAAGGAUCUCGAGAAGAUCCAGGACAGCAUUCACAUGACGCAGCUCAAGCUUGAUGCUCAUCCAAACUACUCGGGCGGCCGGAGUAAUGCUAAACGCUGAUCUGGUUUUUUCUUUUUUGUUUUUUAUAUUUCCUGUUUCUUUGCUUGCUCUGUUUUUCAUUCCUAAAGGACAACUAAAAUUCCAGUACUGCUUUGUUCAUCUUGUUUCUCUUUUGUCUUUGUAUAUGAUUAUGUUUAGGGUUUGCUUCUUCAAUGUCUAUCCAGUUCUUUUUCUCUUUUCCAGAUCUGAUUGCUGUACUGGUAUCGAUCGUCCAGCUGUGAGGUUUACGACAGCAAGUCUAUAGUUUGCGUGGAUUGAUGGAGUAGUGUGCAGUAAUACAAUGUUUCAAAAACUAAAUGAUUUGAAUUGAUUUGAUAAUCUGUACUGUUUGUUGUGUAUCCUACACGCAUCAUUCUUUCUCCUUACAUUCUAAGAAUGUUUAAACGAAUCCCUUGCGAGCUGGA